AUGAAGUGCACGACAAUACUGGCCCUCUCGGCCUCAAUAAUAUCAUCAGUGGAGGGUAUCAGCUUGCGGAAAAGAACAGACGGAGCGACACCAAGGGUAUUGGGUCUGCCCACACAAAGGAAGACAGUAGCAAAUCCACAUAAGCGAGACCAAUUACGGAGACGAGCGUCAGUAACGGCCAACCUCGACAAUGAGGAAACAUUAUAUUUCAUCAAUGCCACCCUGGGGACCCCGGCACAGUCCCUCCGACUUCAUCUCGACACCGGCAGCAGUGAUCUGUGGGUAAACACGCCGAGCUCAGCACUAUGUACGCAAACAUCAACACCAUGUGCGUUUGCGGGCACAUAUGACGCCAAUUCAUCGUCGACAUACGAGUACGUUGGCUCGUGGUUCAACAUAUCUUACGUCGAUGGCUCUGGGGCAAGUGGUGACUACGUGACGGACACGAUGUCAAUAGGCGGGACGACACUGAGCGACUUCCAAUUCGGCAUCGGCUACACCAGCAGCAGUGCCCAGGGCAUCUUGGGGGUGGGAUAUACGGCAAACGAGGUGCAGGUCGGUAGGGCGGGGAUGUCGCCCUACGACAACCUCCCGGCGAAGAUGAAGUCCGACGGCAAGAUCGCGUCCAACGCCUACAGCCUGUGGCUGAACGACCUCGAUGCCAACACCGGCCAGAUCCUGUUUGGCGGCGUGGACACGGACCAGUUCACGGGGGAGCUGCAGACGCUGCCGAUCCAGGCCGAGGGUAGCGUCUACGCCGAGUUCUUGAUCACCAUGACGGGCGUGUCCUUCAAUGGGGAGACGAUUGCGCAGGACCAGGCGUUGGCGGUGCUCCUGGACAGCGGCAGCAGCCUGACAUAUCUGCCCAACGACAUGGUGGAGACCAUCUACGACAAGGUAUCGGCGCAGUACGACAGCAACGAGGGCGCGGCCUACAUCGCGUGCAGCAUGGCCAACAGCAACUCCACGCUCGACUUCACCUUCAGCUCCCCCGUCAUCUCGGUCGAGAUGAACGAGCUGGUGCUGGACCUGGUCACGGCCUCGGGCAAGCGGCCGCGCUUCUCGGACGGCACCGAGGCGUGCCUUUUCGGCGUCGCCCCGGCCGGUUCCAGCAGCAUGGUCCUGGGCGACACGUUCCUGCGCAGCGCCUACGUCGUCUACGACCUCGAGAACAACGAGAUCUCCAUCGCGCAGACGAACUUCAACGCCACCACCAGCAACGUGCUCGAGAUCGGCACCGGCGCUGACGCCGUGCCCAGCGCCACCGACGUUACCAAUGCUGUGGCCGCCACGGGCCUCUCGGACUCGACGACCAUUGCCGGAGGAUUCGGACUCGAGAACGCCGCACCGCGCCGGAUGGACGACGGUGCUGCCCUCGCCGCGGUCGUCGGCGCCGCCAUGGCGAUUGCAUUCGGGACUGGUGCGGCUAUUUUCUAA